UUUGUUCCAAUUUCAAGGGACAUUCCAGAAUUUGAACCAUUUCAAGCAGGCCGGACUUUGAUACUUGGCACUUUUCUUGAAUUUUAAUUGGAUAUUUUCUAAUUUUCCAUAAAAAUACACAAAAUGGUCUUGUUCAAGAACGCUGUUGCACUAGUUACGGGAGGAGCAUCUGGCUUGGGACGUGCUACCGUUGAACGAUUUGCUCGUGCCGGCUCAAAAGUUGUUCUCGGGGAUCUUUCAACCUCAAAAGGAGCCGAUGUUGCCAAGGAAUUGGGCGACAAUGUCGUUUUUGUACCUGUUGAUGUCACAUCCGAAAAAGACAUCACCGAAGCAUUGCAAGUGGCAAAAACAAAAUUCGGCCGUUUGGAUGUCAGUGUAAAUUGCGCCGGAAUUGCCGUUGCUGUCAAGACUUACAACUUCAACAAGAAACUUCCCCACAAAUUGGAUGAUUUUGCAAAGGUCCUCACUGUAAACACUGUCGGCACUUUCAAUGUCAUCCGUUUGUCCGCCGGAUUGAUGGGCGAAAACGAGCCAAACAAGGAUGGACAACGUGGUGUCAUCGUAAAUACUGCUUCCGUUGCUGCAUACGACGGUCAAAUUGGACAAGCAGCAUAUGCCGCAUCCAAAGCUGGCGUUGUUGGCAUGACGUUGCCCAUUGCUCGUGACUUGAGUACUCACGGAAUCCGUAUUUGCACAAUUGCCCCAGGAUUGUUCGAUACCCCGAUGUUGCAAGCGUUGCCUGAAAAGGUCCGUACCUUCUUGGCAGCUACAGUGCCCUUCCCGAAACGCUUGGGAGAUCCUGCCGAAUACGCUCAAUUGGUCGAAUCGAUUGUCGAUAAUCCCUUGUUGAAUGGAGAAACUAUCCGUUUGGAUGGAUCGUUGCGCAUGAUGCCUUAAUUCGGCUCACCGAUGUUCUCCGACGUUGCCAGGAAUCGAAAAGUGCAUUUUUUUAGCUAUCCUUUAUCACAAAAAAUUUAAAUUUUCUUUCAAAAAGAAGCAAAAUAAAGAUUUUUAUUAAAAUUUUUA